CUUAUCUAAAAGUGACACAGUACAGCCGGAGCGUCGCCAAGUCGCUGGCGUCCCGUUCCUGAUGCAAUAGAAAUCAGAAGAUUGCAGCCUCAAAUCAGAGCCCGAGGAGGUAUAUUUGACCGGAGAGGACUUUUAGGGGGGUCAAGGAGCGGACGAGAGCUGCCAAGUUAUUUAGGUACACCAGAUGCAGGGGCAGCCAGCCGGCCUAUCUGAGUGUUUCCUGGCUUUGAUGCGACCCGAGUGUGCCUGGAGCAUGUCCACAGUGGGCCUGACUGCCCAGGAGAUCUCUUUUCCCAUAGAAGACCCCUUCCUCAGGGGCAGCUACUGUCACAGCAUGGCUGGAUCCAAACCCUCCUGGAACUAUCGCCAUGAGCUGGCCAACUUGUACUUCAGUAUGGACACUGCACACACAGAUCACAGCUAUCAAGCUCAGCCUAAGGUCCCGCCACCAAGUUAUGAGACACAUAAACAGAAUCCCAGCUCACAGAAAUUUCCUCCAAAGAAGUCGAGGCCUUCCCAUCUGUCCCUGUCCUGCAGUGCUGAAGCAUCCACCCCAAGUCCUGCUGACGAUGACCAGGUGGUCCCCUCAUUCCAGAGGCUUUCGUUCUACGGGUGCAGCAGCCCACCACAGACGCCAGGCAGAUGUUCCAAGCCUCUGCCUCCCAUUCCCCUACAAACAGACAUCUCCCCUGAGCAGGCUAUGGACAAUGAGGUAGAAUUUUUCACAAGUUCGGACGACAGCCGCUGCCUGGUGUCCGAUCAGUGUUCCAAAUCGUCUCCUUUCCGGUAUGGAGUCCCAAGCCGAAGGAGUUUCAGGGACUGUGGGCAGAUUAACUAUGCUUAUUACGAUGGUCCAUUAGGACCGCAAAGCCCACGGCAGCCACAGCCACACCAUCACGCACAUCCUCCACAGGAAGUGCGGGAACAGUAUGAGCCGCAGCAACAGGAACCACCUGAGCCAGUGGUCUGUCAGAGACAGCAGGACAAGGCUCAGAGGAGGCUACGGCGUUCCCACUCUGGCCCAGCCGGAUCUUUAAACAAGCCCUCGCUGCUGCGCCUCACGUGCCACAAACGGCCCACCAACAGUAUGGAUAAACCAGAAGUGCCACCUCCCAUCCCUCCGCGUACAAUCAAGACAGGAGACUGCCGCCGCUGGUCAGCAGAGGUCUCGUCUGGGGCUUACAGUGAUGAGGACAAACCGCCCAAGGUGCCCCCAAGGGACCCGUUAUCCAUCGGGAACUCCCGCACUCCCAGCCCCAAGAGCCUCCCGUCAUACAUUAAUGGGGUGAUGCCUCCAACACAAAGCUUUGCGCCGGAUCCUAAGUACGUAAGCGGUCGGGGUUUACAAAGACAGAACAGUGAGGGAUCCCCCUGCAUCGUUCCUAUUAUGGAGAACGGCAAGAAGGCGAGCACCACACAUUACUACCUUCUGCCUCAGCGGUCUGCUUUUGCAGAAUCACCUUGUGACUGCCACACCAGAAGGAAAGUGGAUUUAGUUUGAAAGUUUUAGUGGAAGUAGUAGAGGACUCUACUGUACGUGAGCAAAAACCACUUGUCAAAAUGAUGAAACUGGACGCUAACAACCCUCAAACUGCUGCUUUUACGAUGUUUUUUGUACCCCUUAUGUAUUCUGAACACACAGGGUAUGUGUGCACUGUAUACAGUUACUGGUAAUGUUGGAAUAGCUAUCACAACCGAGAUACGAAUCGAAAACUGUAUCUGGCUAAGGAUUGUGGGCAAAAAUUCAACAUUGUAGAGCUUAUUUUUGAUAUGAUUUUUAUUUCAUGACAUUCAAUGUUGUGCUGUUUUUGCUGAUGGUGCGGUACAGUCAGCAGGUACAGGCAGGCCUUGAACCUCACGUGCUCAGUGUUUUGUGUCUGCAACGGUGUGGAUGUUUUGUGAGAUGCACUGGGGCUUUUUGAUGCUGCUUUUGUAUCUCACAAGGGACAAAAGGUCAGUAAUGUAACCAUGUAUCACUUAAUAUAUGAAGUCUGAAUAUAAGCCCGAUGAAUUUUAAACAAAAUGAAGGAUGCUAGCACACAUGCAAUCAACACUGAUAUGGUUUCCCUGUCUUGAUAUAUUCUCACUCAGGCCGACUAUAUCGAUGUAAAUUUGUGUUUUUGCCAAAUGGCACAUUGUCAUGGCACAUUUUGUACUAAGAGGUGGGUACAUUACUGGUAGCUAUGCAUGUUGCCAUUGGAAUGUUUAGUGCAGCUUAUAUGGUGUAGUUGUCUGAUGAGUGUAAUUGUGCGUAUGUAUGUGCGGUGGCGUGUUUGUGCAUAUGUGCAUGUGAACAGCAGUCGGAAAAGUGUUCUGGUGAUACAAUAUUCAGUUGCUUUCUACAAUUAGUAGAAAAUUGUCAAGCAUACUUGUUACUGUGUGCUGCUCGUUUGCAGUGCCUGCUUUUGAGCACAGCUCUCUAAGAAGUGCACACAUUUGAUUUCCUUCUUUCAGUGUCCAGGUCUGUUUUGUUGCACAGAAAUCGAUCUGUUGAGCGCAAGUGAAUGUAUGAUAUUCUUACUGAAAUUCCAGUUAAAGGAGCUUCUUUUUGGUCAAGCUGUGAGUCAUUGCUUGAAACUAAUUUGCCUCAAGUACUACCUCACUUUGAUAUUAAUUCUAUAUUUUACAAACUCCCGGUUCAAAUUGCGUCCAAAUGUAAAAUCCAAAAUUUGAAUCUACAAAAAGAUGAGGUAACCAGCUCUACAUGUGACCUGACAGAAUUUGUUUUAAAUUUAGUUACACCUCAGUUGAGAGUAACACAAAGUCAAUUCUAACCGGAUAUCCUUAAAGAGAGAUUUUAGAUCACGCAGAUCUUAUAUCAGAGAUGUUCAGCUAACCUUGUUAAUACAGAUGCAUUACAAAGACAGUGCAGGGUUUACCUACCUGACACAGACUUUCCUGUUCUGCACAUGCAUUCCUGCCUUACAUGAUUGCAGUGGGUGUGGUCUGAAAGACUUUGGCUGCUGGCAGCCCAGAAAAUAUAUGGAUUUUAUUGUUGUAGAUUAUUCACGAAGCGUCUGGAUGAUAUAGAAAAUGUAGCACAUGUAUUGAAGUAACCCUUGGUAUCAAACACGGUGUUCAGUUUGGGAAACAUAACUGCUAAGGUCAAUCGGUCAUUGAAGUAUACUUUUCCUCUCCUUCCUGCUCACAAACCUUGCCAAUACAAUGUUGCUUUUGACUUAAAUGUUUGAAAAAUGUUUACAUCAUACACUAAUACUAUUUAAUCUUAAGGUAUUCACAUGUCUUAUUAGAAAUAAUAAAACUGAAUGAAGACUAGUUUAUCAAGAAAUAACUUCUCUGCUGUGGUGAAGACAUGCACUGGGAGAGUUCAGUAUGCUGUGUACAGUAUUUAACAAUUCCAUUUGUUGUUAUGAAUAGUUGAUAAGUAUAUAGUCUUUAAAAAGAAAGCAAAAAAUAAAAUGACUUAUUUAUGA